GUACUUUUCAGUGCUGUGCAAGGCAUCUUGAGUUACUCUGGUAGCUUUUCCAGAAAGACCAACUGACUUCACCACGUGUCUCCAGUUACAGUGCAGGUCACCUGGAUGUCAGCAUGGCAGCCACAAACCUGGAGAACCAGUUGCAUAGCGCACAGAAGAACCUCCUGUUCCUCCAGCGGGAGCAUGCCAACACACUCAAGGGGCUGCACGCCGAGAUCAGGCGGCUGCAGCAGCACUGCACAGAUUUAACAUAUGAGCUGACACUCAAAAGUUCUGAACAGACAGCAGACGGGGCCUCCAGAAGCAGCGAGCUGCAGAGAAGGUGUGAGGGCCUGGAGGCCCAGCUGAAGGCCAAGGGGGAGGAGAACGCCGAGCUGCUGCAGGAGCUGGAGCAGAAGAACGCCAUGAUCGCGGUGCUGGAGAACACCAUCCGCGAGCGGGAGAGGCGGUACCUGGAGGAGCUGAAGGCCAAGAGCCACAAGCUGAGCCUGCUGUCCGGCGAGCUGGAGCAGCGCGCCGGCACCGUGGCCUACCUGACCGCGCAGCUGCACGCCGCCAGGAAGAAGCUGCUGGGCGCCGGCGGGGCCGCGGACGCCACCUCCGGCCUCCCAGCAGACCGCUCUUGCCGCAGGCAUCUGCUGGCACACCCCGGGCUCGAGGACGCGCCUCGGAAGUUCACGCUAGGAUCCUCACUGGGCCGGUGA